AUGUCCUCCUUCUUCACCACGCCCGCCUCGCAGCGCAAGAGGAAGAGGCCCGAAGGAGCGUCCAACGGCCCCAACAAGCGCAACAACGCCCCACGACCUGCCGCGAAUGCUCCCCGCCGCACCGAACGAGAAGACUCAAUUGAGAGCGAGGAAUCAGACGACAAUCGCGGAGACGUUUUUGAUGAAGAGCUUGAUGACUCGGAAUCCUCAGACGACGAGAACGAGACGGCGGCGGAAAAGCGCCUCAGGCUAGCAGAGCGCUACCUCGAAAAUGUGCGCAACGAGGUCGAGGAAGAGGUGGGCUUCGACGCCGCGCAGAUCGACAAGGACCUGAUCGCGGAGAGGCUGAAGGAGGACGUCGCAGAGGGCAAGGGCAAGAUUUAUAAAUACAUCGCGGGAGAGCUGGACUUUGGGCAGGCAUCGCACGUGUUUGGGAAGUCUGGCCUGCAAAAGGCCAUCACCGGAUGCGCAGUCAGGCUGCCGUAUGCGUGGACCAUCAGCAAGGAUCUGGUCGUGGAAAAGUGGGAGAUUGCGGACCCAACAGCCUACGCGCCUCAUUCUGACCGUCCGUCCAACGUCACGCCGCGCCGGACGCCCAAGAAGCUCUUCUGGCGCAAGGGCAACAAGAACAAGAAGGGCGAGAGGGACUUCCUGGGCCACACGGGCGAGAUCAUAUCUAUUGCCGUAUCGGACUCGGGAAAAUACCUCGCGACUGGCGACAAGCACGCCCGCCUGAUCAUCUGGGACGCCGACACCCUCACACCACGCAAACUCUUCACCCGACACCGCGACGCCGUAACAUCGCUAUCCUUCAGAAGGGGCACCGAGCAGCUCUUCUCGGGCGGAGCAGAUCGCGCAGUCAUCGUCUGGAGUGCGCCAGAGUCUGCCUACAUCGAGACACUGGUUGGACACCAGGAUGUCGUCGUUGGUGUUGCUGGCGGGCUCGAGGCGAACCAGGAGACAUGUGUCAGUGUUGGCGCGCGAGAUCGCACUGCCAGGCUGUGGAAGGUGGUGGAGGAGAAUCAGCUCGUUUUUCAGGGUGGCGGCACGGCAAGGCAAAAAGGGAUGGAUAAGUUAUGGAAAGGUCGGUUCGGCAAGAAUGUCGACGACAAGGAGAAGCCCACAGACGAGCAGACAAACGGCGUCCACGAUGAGGACGACGAUCCACCGAUCGCCUACGCAGAGGGAUCCAUCGACUGCGUUGCCCUCCUCGACGCAAAUUUAUUCGUCACAGCCUCGGACAAUGGAGCCAUGUCACUGUGGUCUGUUCAGAGGAAGAAACCCCUAUUCACGUGUGCCCUCACUCACGGGCGUGACCCUGCCCUCGCCCCGGAAGACAUGUCCGCAAACCACGACGCUGCAACAACAGUCAAGAAAGGCCCACGGUUAGCCAGAUACGUCACAGCGCUUACCACAGUACCCUUUGCCGAUCUCAUCCUCACAGCGAGUUGGGAUGGCUGGAUACGAGCAUGGCGUCUUGGGCCGGAGAAGCGCACCAUUGAGCCUCUAGGCACGGUUGGAAGAGUUCCUCUCGACGAGCAGGAGGAAGCCACCGCCAAUGGGGAUGAUGUGAUACUCAUCCGCGGCAUAGUAAACGGUCUCUCGGUGCAAGAGCGCGGAGACCGGGGGAAAGACGGGCUUUGUAUAGUGGCUGCGGUGGGGAGAGAGCCCAGACUCGCCAGAUGGAUGUCGGCCAAGGUCAAGAACGGGAUCCACGUGUUUGAGGUGCCUAGGAAGGUUGUUGAAAACGGCGUCGAGGAUGAAUCAGGUACAGAAGCUUAGGGUGGAUUGAGCGUGUUUGCAUUUCUCAGGCGUGUUGCAUCUAGAUACCAAUACCAUCUCGGCAU